AUGUUUUACAAAUUCAUCUUGAGCAAUAAGAAUCAGUAUUCAAAGGACCACAACGUCAAUAUAGAUUAUAGUCCUGUUUUUAAUAUGUAUAAGGAAUGAAUAUAGAUUUAGUUAGUUGUAAUAAAAAUUGAAUAUUUUUCCAAUUUUUAAUGAUGAUCAUUAAGUUACAACUCCUGGAUUUAUCAUCGAAUAUGAAAAAGUAUGGAUGCUUCAUUUAUAAAUUUUAGCCUGCAUAUGAAAGCAAUUUAAACUAUCAUUAACAAUUAUUUAAUCAAAAAAUUGAAUAAAUAAAAAUAAAAAAUAAAUAAUUGGUACCAUUUAUCAUGAAUAUCCUAGCUGAUUCCAAAGCCAAAACAUCGAGUUCAGAUUUGCUCUGUUUGUAAGACUAAGUAUACAGAUUACUUAACUGUAUUAAUAAAGAAAUUAAAUUAAUUAGCAUACUUAAUCAAAUUCUCAUUAAAAGUUGUUCUUAGCAUCACCAUAUAUGAAGAAGAUCGAGAAGAUCUAGAGUGAUUUGAGUUAGCAACUAUCAAAUUAUAAUUCUUAAUCAACGGAUACAGAGGAUGCUUCAUUAUUAGAGUAAGGUAAUAGAAAGAAAAUAAAAGUGGAGAUAUCCUAAAUGAUUUCAAUUACUGAAUGA